AUGGCGGCAGUGGCAGGAACCACGAUUCCCGGCUACAUUGUCGGACCUCCGCCGACCACAUUGCCUGCCGGGACCCCAUUGGAUCAGUUUCAAGGGAUCAUUGGACAUAUUGGCACGCAUUCGCAUCCGCCCGCACACCAAUUGCGGUGGAGCGAGAAGACCAUUCUUGGGAGAUUGAAAGAGGCAUUGGCCAUCUUCUUCUCCCACAUUGCCAUGGUCGGGUCAACCCUUGAAUUGUCGCAAUGGAAGGCGGCCUUGAUCGAGACAGUGCAGGCCAUUGAUCAUUAUGAUGAGAUGACAUUGAAUGAAGGCCUUAUCCACCUGGAUUGCCAGACAAUGUUGCAGAUUGUUGACUCUGUGCAGACUGCAUUGACGACAUUUUGCAAACAAUUGGCCAAGGUGAUGAUUCCUGACGGCUCUUCUGCAAAUUGCGGCAUGGCCAACAUGGUUUUCUUGGCAUUGAUCCACAAAGCAAAUUCCUGCGUUGCCCACAUGACAGGCAUUCACAGCGACGAGGACAUUCCGAUAUUCUCAACGGAUUUGUCCUUUAUGAUUGUGGACAAAGGCAUGGAUUGCUACGAUGCAUUGAAGCAAAUUUUCUCAAAGUCGAUUGCCGUGACAUUGUUCCGUGCACGACGAUAUGCACAGCUGGAUGAAUUGGUUGAUUGGCACGUUUGCUUGGCGCUCCCGUCGUCAUUGAUCGAGGGACGAUUCAAUCGAGCACAGAUUGGCGAGAUUGUCAAGGUGCUCAUUUUUCGCCCGACAAGGGGCAUGGCCACCAUGGAAUUGAAAGCUGACAAUGGAGUGGGCGGCUUCCGCCGCUGUCAUAAUUGCAGCUUUCUUGGACAUUCCUGGUGCAUGACGAUUGAUUCCAACUAUGAGACUGCAAAUGAGCACAAGUAUUGCCUGCCUGGAGAUUGCAGGAAUAUGGCUAUCAUCUUGGAAUUGAACAAUUCAUCCUACUUCAAUUGGAUGCCGGCGGAAGGAGUACACCGCCAUUGCUCCUUUCCAUUGUCGAGCAUGCAGCUUGAGGGCAUUCCACCGCCAGGAGAUUCCUGCUGA